AUGGCGGGUGAGGAGGAGACGCGGCUGGGGGAGGUGGCGCGUGACGCUGCCGUGGCAAGAAAAAGGAGGGAAAAGGAGGUGUUAGGAGCGGUGAGGGAGGCAGGGAGAGUGGUGGCGCAGCUGGCAGAGAAGAUCGAGGAGGAAGCUGGGAGGAUUAGGGGAGCCGCUGUGUGGAUCGAGAACAAGUACUACGAGCCCCGGUUAAAACCCAGGGUCCACAGAACCUCCCGACUCCCGUCCAUUCCUCCGCUUCCCGAUCCCACUCCCCGCGGCACAGUUCUUGCGCUUCCUUUCUGCAGCUGCAGAGGACGUGCGGGGGACCACGCGAGUGGCAUGAGGCAGGUCCGCGCACAGGGGGGGAGAUGUGCGCGAGGGGUGGGGGAGGACGCGCAAGGGACGGCAGUGGGGGAGGCGGUGAAGGCGGAGGAGGAUGGGGGGCGAGCGGACGGUGAUGCCGGGAGGUAUGGGCGUGGAGUGGAGGGCACAAGAGUGGUGAAGGUGGAGAAGAUGCCCUGUGAGGAACCGGUUGGGUGCGGUGAACGGGGCGUGGGGGAAGGCGCGGAGGCUGGGGAGCGGAUUCCGUCGAGUAAGAGGCUCCGGGAGCCAGUGGAGAGGGCGAGUGGGGAGGGGAAGAAGCAGAGAGACGUGGAGGGGAAGGGAAAUGGUGUAGUAGUGAGAGAAAAUGGGGGAGAGGAGGGGUUGAGGGGGGCGAUGGAAGAAGUGGAGAGGGCGAUGGAGGAGGUGCGGGGGUGUGUGGAGGAGCGGGUGGCUGAGAUUCUCAAAGUGGUGCCGCGGGUUGCAGACCGGUUGGACGGGAGAGCGUUGCAUGACGAGCCGGGGUGGACGUGGAGAGAAGCCAUGGUGCAUGCCUUGUCGCAACCUGGCAUGGCAGAGGUGCGCUGGUGCUGUGAUGCACGACAGGUGGGCACAUGUCACGUACUGCAUAUUGCAUGCACCUCUUGUGCGUAG